GAAAACACACACACACACACACACACACACUCAGAACUGUACAUCUGGAUGUGGAUUGGGUGUAAAUGGGGGAUCCGUGCGGGAUCCGUUUCCUAAAACCGUUCUCUGUAACCGGUGUGAACACAGUACAGAGGCUCGCGCUGUAAACACGCUGCUCUUUGAUCUUUUCUUUGAUCUCCUCCGUGUUUAUUUAUUUAUUUACUUAUUUAUUUAUCUCCGGAUUCUGCUGGAGGGACAUGGAGCAGGCGGCCAGCCGAUACCAAGUGUUGCACAAUGAGGACGACCCCUCAGAAUCAUCCCCCACCAGCGAGCCGUCCACCUCCGCCCAGGCCGACGCCACCACCGCUGCUGCUGCGGGCGCCACCAGCAGUCCGGUCUCCGUGCCAACAGAUGCAGAGGCUCCACCCCCUCCUUACGCCAGUGUGGCAUUAGGAGCCACAGCCGCCCCAGAGCGCGCCUUUCCUGGGGACUUCCCCGUCCCGCCCCCCUACAGCGUGGCCACGUCGCUACCCACCUACGAUGAGGCAGAGAAAGCCAAAGCUGCAGAGCUAGCAGCCUCCGCUGUGGACGUCAUACCACGGGAGGAGGAUUUUCCUCCGCGGGACGACUUCAGCGAUGCUGAUCAGCUGAGAGUGGGAAACGAUGGUAUCUUCAUGCUGGCCUUCUUCAUGGCCUUCCUGUUUAACUGGAUCGGGUUCUGUCUGUCGUUCUGUUUGACCAAUACCAUCGCUGGGCGAUACGGCGCUAUCUGCGGCUUCGGACUCUCCCUCAUCAAGUGGAUCCUCAUCGUGAGGUUCUCAGAGUACUUUACUGGAUACUUUAAUGGGCAGUACUGGCUCUGGUGGAUAUUCCUUGUUCUUGGUCUGCUCCUGUUCUUCAGAGGUUUUGUGAAUUACCUGAAGGUGCGGAACAUGUCCGAGAGCAUGGCGGCUUCUCAGAGAACACGCUUCUUCUUCCUCUAUUAGAGGAUCGCGUUUCCCAAACAUUCCUCUGUCAUGUGAAAUUCCCUGAUGAUUUGCAUCCCGUCAGAUGAGCUGGACUGGAUCGCACCCCGGGUAAAAAGAGAGGAGGAGACCUGUGGAGGAAAAAAAGGACAAAAAGAAAGAAACAGAGAAAAUCUGAUCUGCCAAAAAAAGAAUAAUGCUCCUCUUGUGAUCAAAAGAAAUGAAAAGAAGUGUCUCUCCACGUCCGUUCAUCUGUGUAGCUUACUUACUGAUUUCCGCAACAUUUCGUCCGCCUUUGCGCAGCAUUCUCGUAUUUAACGUUUAAAAUAGUUCGGGAAAAAUAAAGAUUCGGGAAAAAAUCAGAUGGACCUGUUUUAAUGUCCUGAUCAAAAGAUCCCAGUUAGUCUUAAAUACUUUGUCUUAAAAUAAAAAAACAAGGAAAUAAGAGCAAAAAAAAAAAAUCAUGUAUGCAGCCAAAACGUCGUAUGCAGUUGUGUUGUUUUUUUGUUUUGUCUCCGAAAUUAAUGCUGUUAAAAGCUCGGAAUUCAGGAUCUUAGUGAUUUGUAUUGCAUCGCAGUAUUACGAUACGUCGUUUCUACGAUACGUCGUUUUUAUGCUUUUGACUUUUUAUGAUUUGACAUGAAAAUGACUGAUCAAAAAUUUUACAAGCGCUAGAUAGAUCUCUCUUUUUUGCACAUUAGAAUAGAAAUUUAUCGUAGUUCCUUCUUUACGUUGUUUUUAGAUUUUUCGUCUCAUGAUUAGGUGGCUACUUGGGAUGCACCGAUUACACAUGUACAUACAGUAUCUGCCAAUAUCCAAUAUUACACAUUUAUAACUAGAGAAUUUAAAAUAAAUAUAUGUAACAUUUAUAUGCCUUACAUUUUAUGCUUAACCAGCUGAAAAUGCAAACAAAAAAAUUAAACAUUUAACAUUCACAUUUAUUUAGCUAACUGGUUCUUUUAGCUUUAAAUCCUCUUUUUAUUUAAUGGGUUACAUAAAAGAAUAGAGAUCUAUUUAAACUAAAAAAAAAAAAAAAAAAAAAUUAGCUAAAAGUAAAGGAUUUUAAUGCAGCACGUCCAGCAUUGAUUGGUCCUUUUCCAGCAUAAAAUAAAUUGGUUUGAAAUGAAAAAAAAAACCCAUGAAUAAAAAAAAAAUAAAAUAAAAAAAAAGAGAUAAAACUAAAGUAUUUUAAUGUAGCACCUUUAACAUUUGAUUGGUCAUUUCUUUCGGCAUAAAAUAAAUGCAAAUAUUGGUUUGAAAUAUUGGCCACUACCGAUUUAAUUCCAAUUUAUAGUGUCAUAAUGCAUCCCUAGUGGUUACUAUUAUGCUGUUAGACUAGAAGUAAUUUGCAAGUAUUUUUUUUCCGAUUUCGUUUUUUCCCUUUUGCACCUUCUUUCGUUUCUAUUUUUUUGUCGAUUGUUUGUUCGUUUAAUUUUUUUCUAGAUAUACUCUUCAUCGUCGAUGAAAUGGUGUGAAUUUGGCUCAAGCUGUGAACUGGGAUUUAGGUUAGUUUAGCUCUUAUCUGCCUGAACUGCCACCCGCUUUUUCAUCGGAUCACUCGACUGCGAUCGUCAGCAAUAUCAGUGUUUAAAUAACGUAAUUAAUUAUUAAAAGUGCAUGGUUAACUUUUGGCUGCGAAGAACUUUUAACGAAUAAUUACAGAAAUGAAUCCUGAGAAGAUAAAAAAAAGGCAAUGAUUAAUCAAUAAGCGUGAGUUAAAUGAAAUUUAAAAAAAAGAUAAACCUAUUUUUUGUGAGAGAUGGUGAUUUUUUGGGUAUUCUCUGGUUUUCCUCAGAGAGGAAUGUCGUGCGAUGUGUUUAAUUAUCUUGUCUUGCGAAAUGCCAAUAAAUAAAUACAAUUCCAAAUGAA